AUGGUACCAUGCCCCGCCCCUCCUGGGUGUCAGCGGUGUAGAGAUGAUACCGUGGGAAAGCUUGGUCCUUCAAACGGAUGAACUCGAGGUGUACCUGACAGACGCACAGAGAGUCGGAUAAUUGAAAGACUUGGACUAUAUAUACACUGUGCUGUACUCUGAACGAGGGAAAAACAGCAGCGGAUAAAAAUGAAAAGGAAUCACGAUUUUAGCUCCUCGGACAGCGAGCUGGACGAGAACAUUGAGGUUGAGAAGGAGAGUGCCGAUGAAAAUGGGAACAUGAGAUCCCCCCUUGGGCCGACGUCUCCAUCAACAAAAACUCAAGUGAAUGCGAGGAAGCGCCGUCGUGGAAUCAUUGAAAAACGUCGCCGUGACAGAAUCAACAACAGCCUCACCGAGCUGCGUAGACUGGUCCCCAGCGCGUUUGAGAAGCAGGGUUCAGCUAAACUGGAGAAAGCAGAGAUUCUGCAGAUGACAGUGGAUCAUCUGAAGAUGCUUCAUGCUGCUGGAGGAAAAGGUUACCUUGACGCCCAGGCUCUGGCCAUGGACUACCGAGGUCUGGGUUUCAGGGAGUGUCUGGCUGAGACGGCCCGUUACCUGAGCAUCAUCGAGGGGCUGGACAGCGCUGACCCCUUGAGGAUCCGCCUGGUCUCCCACCUGAAUAGCUACGCCUCCCAGAGAGAGGCCCACUCCGUCUCCAUCUCUGGGCUGGGGCACCUGGCCUGGGGCUCGGCCUUCGGGUCGCCCCCCUCUGCCCACCUGGCCCACCUCCUCCUCCGGCAGCAGCACCAUCAACACCAGCAGGGGGCGACAUUACCGUUACCACGCAGCACCUCCAACAGCCCUCCGUCAUCCUCCUCUUCUACUCCUUCAUCCUCCUCUUCCUCCUCCUCUCCGAUCGAGAGAGAACGUCGUUCCUCGCCCCAUGGCCAUGCUCCCAGCAGGCUUAGCGGUGCCACCCCCCUCUCCGAGCACAGCCAAGCCCAGGGGGGCCCUCUCCGCGUCCCCACCAGCGCUGCCCCCCUCCCCCCGGGGCUGAACCUGACCGUGACCUCCUCCAAGCUCUCCCCUCCCCUCUCUCUGUCCUCCCUCUCCACCCUGUCGUCGUUCCCCUUCCCCUUCAGUGCCUUCCCCCUGCUGUCCCCCAGCCCCCUCAGCCCCCCCGCCUACCCCUCCAGCCAGGCCAGCCUGGGGAAGCAGCCCUACCGGCCCUGGGGCUUGGAGAUUGGGGCUUUCUGAACUAUCUUUUACCCCCAUCCACACUGACUAAACUGACCAUAGAGAUGAAUAGAGGGCGCACCAUCACUAUGAACUGAACUGAACUCACCAGCUGAGCUGAACCUUUCCAUGCCCAAGACAAGAUGGUGUUUUUCUAUCUCACAUCCUAUAGAGGAGAGCUAUAGGAUUACAAUCGUUUUUAUUUUCUUAGAAAUUGUGUUUAAAAUCAAAUCAAAGUUUGUUGGUCACGUACACAUAUUUUGGCGACGUUAUCGCGGGUGUAGCGAAAUGCUUGUGUUUCUAGCUCCAACAGCGCAGUAAUACCUGACAAUACAAAACAUAAACAAUACAUAUGUAAUCCAGAAAAAUAAAGAAAUGACGAAAUAUCAGAAUGAGCAAUGUCAGAGGCCGGAAUAUAAAUAUAUAUGUAUAUAAU